GCUUCCUGCUCCACCCCCGGUUCGUCUGGCCACCGCUCGGUCGCGUCUGACGGGCGAUGCUCCGCAGCUCGGGUCCCGUGCUUCUGGUCGGAGGCUCUUUCAUCCGCUGCAUCGGCUGGGAGGCGGGGACCCGUGCACUCCCAGGGGCGCUCUGCACUUCCAGAGCGGAGACAGGGACCUCCAGAGCCGAGCAGGGGAAAGACACCAUGCCGAGCUCAGAAGUUGUCUCCGUUUCACCGGUGAAGAGCGCCGUGCUCAAGUUUGCCAAGCUGAGCGAGAAUGCGUACCGGCCGACACGGGGCUCGGCGCGGGCGGCGGGUUACGACCUUUACAGUGCCUAUGAUUAUGUGAUCCUUCCUCAGGAUAAAGUUAUUGUGAAGACUGAUAUUCAGAUUGCACUUCCUCCUGGUUUCUAUGGCAGAGUGGCUCCAAGAUCUGGAUUGGCAGCAAAACACUUCAUUGAUGUUGGAGCUGGGGUUAUUGAUGAGGAUUACAGAGGAAAUGUUGGUGUAGUUCUAUUCAAUCUUGGAAAAAAGAGUUUUGAAGUUAAAAAAGGCGAUCGAAUUGCUCAGUUGAUAUGUGAACGGAUCUGCUAUCCAGAACUUGAGGAGUUAAAGAGCCUAGAUGAGACUGAACGAGGUGCAAGUGGCUUUGGUUCCUCUGGUACAAACUGAACUUGAUAUUCUGCCAAAACAUGUCAUGCAUUGCCUAAUUCUCUUCAAAGAUGCUUCAAUCUGUGGAUUCUUCAUGAAAAGUUGUGAUCUAUGAUGCAUUUGUUUUGUAUUUUGUCAGAAUGUUUCCAAAGCAAAACACAAACAGACUUGUAUGUUUUGUGGUUAUGAGAUAAUUGUCUCUGGUGACUAUGUGAACUAUUACUAGAACAAUUGUGCAAUUCAUUUCAUUAGUAAUAAAAAUAACUUUUUUUAUAGA